UACUGGGGAAAUAUCUAGACAGUGGUGGUGGAAGUGGAUGCCCUAUGUUUUGCAAGAAGUCUAGAUGCAACAGGCUAUACAAAGAAGAGGAAAUCUGGUUUUUGAAGCAAUGGGCAUCCCUCAUUUCCCUCUCCUCCCUGCAGUGAUCAUAUUAUGUUAUUUUAUGUUAGGCCAUUGUGUGGCGUCCCCAAAAAAGACCUCUUGCACUGUCCAAGAUGGCAGAGCUGACUGCAGCCGCCUCAGCCUGAGUGCAGUCCCUCCAGAUCUCCCAAGGAACAUCACUAGCCUCGAUAUGUCUCACAACAGAUUGGUGGGGAUUCCCACACCGUCGCUAACCCCAUAUCAAGGCCUUCUCCACCUCAAUGUUGGUUUCAACAGUAUCACCAGGCUGGACCAGGGUUUGUGCCAGACACUGUCUCUGCUGCAGACACUGAACGUGGAACACAACGAAGUGCAUGUGCUGGAAACUGAGGAUAUCAUCCACUGUACCAAUCUAACAGGGUUGAAUCUGGGUAGCAAUAGGCUGAAGCCAAAAGGAGAACCCUUCCUUGUACUACAGAGCCUGAAAUUUCUUGAUGUUUCACAAAACAACCUGUUGUCAGCCAGGCUUGGCUCUCAGCCUCAGCUACCCAGGCUGGAAAAUCUCAAUUUGGCCUUGAAUAUCUUCACCACUUUGACGAAACAUGACUUUUACUUCCUUAACCAGUCAUCUCUGCAAUUCCUCAACCUGUCAUCUGUAUCUCUAAAAACAUUGGAGCCUGGUUGCUUUGAGUCCAUUUCAGGUCUACAUACUUUAAUCAUGGAUAAAAGCAAUAUGGGCACUCUGGUUAUUUCUAAACUGUGCUCCGAGCUGUCAGGAACAGCCAUUAAUGCCCUGUCUCUGCAGAAGAUGAAGCUGGUCACACUCACAAGCACAACAUUUAUAGGGCUAGAGAAAACAAAUCUAACCUCCCUGGAUCUGUCCAGUAAUGGCAUGGGUAAAAUUGAAAAUGGCUCAUUUCAGUGGCUGUCCAGACUUCAGACUCUAAUUCUGGCAGAGAACAACAUCAAGCACCUAACAAAAGGCACAUUUGAGGGGCUUAAAAGUUUGAAAAAACUCAGCCUGAGCAAAGCUCUGGUGAAAAGUCAUACCUCCUCUACCCCAAUUAUUGAUGAUUUCUCCUUCCAACCAUUAAGCACCUUGGAGAGUUUAAUUUUACAGAGAACUUCAGUUCGGGACCUCACAGAACACACCUUUACAGGCUUGACAAGUCUUACAGAACUUGACAUGAGCUGGAGCAGUUAUUCAUCACUCAAAAACCUCACCAAAAAGACCCUAGCCUCUCUUGCAGGAUCACCUCUCAGAGUGCUAAAUCUGACAGCAACAGCUAUAGUACAGAUUAAUCCUGGAGCCUUCUCCAAUUUGGGAAACCUCACCACUCUUCUUCUGGAUUUCAAUUAUAUCAAGCAAACUCUCACUGGGAAAGAGUUUGAAGGCUUGGGUCAAAUUCAAGAGAUCCACCUUUCCAAUAAUCGCCAGAGUGUCAACCUAAACUCCACAUCGUUUGUGAAUGUACCCAGUCUUAGGGUUCUGACUUUGGGGAAAAGCCUUACAGUUUCAGCCUUGGACAAGGAUCCCUCUCCAUUCAGAUCCCUGUCCAACCUCACUUCCCUGGAUCUCAGCAACAACAACAUUGCUAACAUGAGAGAGAAUCUGUUGGAUGGGCUUGUUAACCUGAAGGUCCUGAAGCUCCAGCACAAUAACUUAGCUCGGUUGUGGAAGAGUGCCAACCCAGGUGGGCCAGUGUUGUUUCUCAAAGGGACACAGAGCUUGUUAUCCUUACAGCUGGAUAGUAAUGGGCUGGAUGAGAUCCCAGAGGAGGCUCUGAAAGGUUUGAGUAACCUCCAUGACCUAAGUGUGGCCAACAAUCUCCUUAACAGUCUUAAGGACUCAAUUUUUGAUGAUCUGAGCUCACUGAAGGUUUUACGUUUACAGAAGAACUUUAUCACAACUGUGAGGCCUGAAGUGUUCAAAACCCCUAUGAGCAACCUCAGCGUGCUCGUCAUGGACAAAAAUCCAUUUGACUGUACCUGUGAGAGCAUCCUGUGGUUCGUGACAUGGUUGAAUAACACAAAUACAACCACUGUGCCAGGUCUCAGUGACCAGUAUAAGUGCAACACUCCUCUGGCUUACUUUAACCACUCCAUCAUGGAUUUUGACACACUCUCUUGCAAAGAUAUGGCCCCAUUUGAGGCCCUUUACAUACUGAGCAGCACAGUCGUUAUCAUGCUGAUUGUAACUGCACUCCUGGUGCGGUUCCAUGGCUGGAGGAUUCAGUUCUAUUGGAACAUUGUAAUCAAUCGCACAUUAGGAUUUAGUGACGCCACAGUUGAAGAGGGUAGGGAGUUUGAGUAUGACGCCUAUGUCAUACAUGCAGCAGAAGAUGCCAGCUGGGUUGAGAAAAGAAUAGCCUCUUUAGGGAAUGAGAACUGUAAGUUUUGUUUGGAGGAUCAGGAUUCAGUCCCUGGCAUGUCACAGCUUGAAUCAAUUCUGGAAAAUAUUAGAAAGUCCAGAAAAAUCCUGUUUGUCAUCACUGAAAGGCUUCUCAGAGAUCCCUGGUGUACACGCUUUACAGCCCAUCAAGCACUUCACCAGGUCAUUGAAGACAGCAGGGACUCUGUGAUUCUGGUCUUCCUGCAGGAUGUGCACGACUACAAGUUAUCUCAAUCUCUCUUCCUCCGCAGGGGCAUGUUGCGCCCAUGCUGCAUCCUCAACUGGCCCAUCCAUAAGGAGAGAGUGCCAGCCUUUCACCAGAAGCUCCUUAUAGCACUCAGCAUGACUAAUCGAUUGCAGCAGUGACUGUUUUUCCUAAGUAGUAAUGCAAAACACCAUUUGUAAUAAUAAUUACCAAUGUUAAACAUUUUAAGUAAUUGCUACCAAUUCUACCAAUAGAUCAAUUUGACUUUGCUUUUUACUGUAAAAGUCAUAUUGCAUUGCAGUUACAACUCAGCAAAUGGGAAACACAGGCAAGCUUAUAUAUGUGUGUGUGUGUGUGUGUGUGUGUGUGUGUGUGUGUGUGUGUGUGUGUGUGUGUGUACGUGUGUGUGUGUGGGCGCGCGCGCUCAUGUACUCAUGCAACAAUAACUUUGGCAUUGUAUGUGUUUUUAUUGCUGUUAUUUGCCUGUUUAAGUUACAUACAGGUGGAGGUACAAAAACAUAACGUUCUCUUGUGUUGUGUCGUAACAUUCUGAUAAUCCUUACUUUGUAAUUUACUGCAUAGUAUAAUGUACCAUAAAAUAUCUACUGUAGAAUGGAAAUUCAUGGCAAGUGCAGUUUUAAUGACGCAGUCUCUUAAUAAAGGGGUUUUUAAAAAGGUUGUUCUUUGCAAUGAAAAUAAUAAUAAGUGAAUAAACCCUUAACACAGACUUGAUGGCGGAACAUUAA